CAAAAUGGCUGCGCCCUUGGACGACGAAGAGGACGCGCUUUUAAAAGAAGAUUUUUACGCUCUUUUCAACGUAUCGCGUGAGGCAACAAAGGAAGAGAUCAAUGCUGCGUACAAACAGAUGAGCCGGAUCUAUCACCCGGACAAACACCAAGAUCCAGACAAAAAGAAAAAUGCAGAAGUCAUCUUCGAUAAACUCAAAAAAGCGCAUGAAGUGCUUAUGGAUCAACGGAAAAGAACGAUAUAUGAUUUGUACGGAAAGUCAGGUCUUGAAUCAUAUGGAUUGGAGGUGGUAUCGAGAGUGAAAACUCCAGCAGAAAUUAUUGCUGAGUAUGAGAGGAUAAAGCGAGAUGAAGAAGAAAAACGCCUGCAGAGACAGACUAACCCACAGAGCACUUCAACAAUAUCAGUUGACGCGUCAAGUUUAUUUGAGUCCAAUGCAUACGAUUAUGAGGAUGAUGAUGAUGAUGAAGAGGAUUAUGAUGUAAUUGACCUGACGGUGCCCGAGAUCAAUUCGAUGACACUGUCCCAGUCUGUAGAAUGUCCUCUAACCAGUCGAGAUACGGGCACCCUAGCUUGGCAAGUGAACGCACAAGAUGGCAGGGGCUCAGGAAACUUCAGGGCUUCAUACAAACGAUUUACAACCAAAGGAACUUUGGUGUCAUCCGUAAUGGUUGGUUCAAAGCAAGAUGUAUCAUUUAAGUGGUCACACGUUUUCUUUAGAAGAUGCGAUUUAUCAUUAAGCGCCAAAUUGGUACCGGCUUACAACAGUACAUCUAUACUUCUGGCACCAAGAUUAGGAGCUGGUCUUGUGUUUAUGUUUGACAAGAACUGGCAGUGGCGAUUCCACUUGAACUGGCCUGUUCCAGCGCUGAGUAACACACUCAUCUACACAUCGGAGAAACGGCAGAUCAUCACACAAGCUAUGCUAACGAUAAAGGGGUCGUAUAUGACAGUGUCGUACACUCACAAGUUCCACAAUAAUGAGGGAUCAAUAACAGUCCAGGCAAAGGCCGGCACAACGGGUUUUCAUGUGGAAGUCGGCGUUCAAAAGACAAUCACCUCAUUCAGUACGAUAGGAGCCACAGUCUCUCUGGGAACAUCUGGGGUUGGACUAGCGCUCAAAAUGGACCGAGGCCAACACACAAUCCUUGUUCCGGUAACCUUGGCCCACGAGAUAGUUCCUUCGGCUGUUUUCUAUGGUACCGUUGCUCCCAUCGUGUUCUACGUUGCCGUGAAGAACCUGAUCGUUACUCCCUUCCUGGCCAUGCAGAAAGAGAGGGACGUUGAGCGACAAAAGCAGGAACAGCAGGAAAAGAUGCAGGAGAAAAAAACCAAUGCUGAAUCUAUGGUUGAGUUGAUGAAGGAGACUGUGGAGAGGAUAACAGAAGCUGAGGAACGGAAGAAUGGUCUGAUCAUUAUAACUGCGGUGUAUGGAAAACUCUCAUCUGAAUCACCAAGUGACCUUCAGAGUGCUGACUGUAUCGAUGUCACGGUCCAACUUCAAGCUCUAGUCAAAGACUCUAAACUUAUCUCACCUGAAAAGAACAGCAAGAGCGACCUUCCAGGGUUUUAUGACCCCUGUUAUGGAGAGGAUAAGAAGUUGUACAUCAAGUACAAGUUCCGGAAGAAGCUUCACCAUACCACGCUAAACGACCAGGACAGUAUUCGCCUUCCUCAACAGAGACAUUUGCUACGAGAGGAGGAGUUACCCCCCUUUAUACAGGAGGACCCAGACCCAUGAUGACAGUUGUAAUGUUUUAGACCAUAUAAAACAAUACCAACAUCAUCAGCAAUACAUUCAUGGAGUGAUCUGCCAAAUACAUUCAAACAUUCACGGAGAGAUCUUCGGAAUACAUUCAUGAAGUGACCUUUGACUUGUGGUGCAUCUGACAACUUAUGGAUAUAAUCCAAAUGAUGGUGCAUAGUUACCGUGUAAUUUGAUAAGUCACCAGGUUUUGGUCAAUUGUAUUGUUUGUUGUUUGCUGUGAGUAAAAUUAUAGCAUAGUGCUGCAAAAUCCAUGGGAUUCACUAAAUUAAUAGUGAUAUGGAAAACUGGCAAACUUCAUUGAACAGUAGCGUGAGAACACAAAUAAUUUAAGUUCAAUUGCCAUAUACAUGUAGUAUAUAAGGCUUUUCUAUAAAUUGAAUGUGCUCAGAACUAAAAUGAGUAGCUCAACCAGUCAACAAAACCAUUGAAAAGUUGAUUAACCAGUCAACAAAACCAUUGAAAAGUAGAUUAACCAGUCAACAAAACCAUUGAAAAGUAGAUUAACCAGUCAACAAAACCAUUGAAAAGUAGAUUAACCAGUCAACAAAACCAUUGAAAAGUAGAUUAACCAGUCAACAAAACCAUUGAAAAGUAGAUUAACCAGUCAACAAAACCAUUGAAAAGAAGAUUAACCAGUCAACAAAACCAUUGAAAAGUAGAUUAACCAGUCAACAAAACCAUUGAAAAGUAGAUUAACCAGUCAACAAAACCAUUAAAAAGAAGAUGAACCAGUCAACAAAACCAUUGAAAAGAAGAUUAACCAGUCAACAAAACCAUUGAAAAGAAGAUUAACCAGUCAAUAAAACCAUUGAAAAGAAGAUUAACCAGUCAACAAAACCAUUGAAAAGAAGAUUAACCAGUCAACAAAACCAUUGAAAAGAAGAUUAACCAGUCAAUAAAACUGUUGAAAAAAGAUGAACCAGGCAAUAAAACUGUUGAAAAAAAGAUUAACCAGUCAACAAAAAACAUUAAAAAAGUAGAUUAACCAGUCAAUGAAAUCAUUGUGAAGAUUAACCAUUCAACAAAACCAUUGAAAGAAGAGUAACCAGUUAAUAAAAACAUUCAAAACUACCAAGCUUGGUGCAUUUAAGAUGCCAAAAUUAUUUUUUCCAUGGAUUGUUGUUUUUCGCCCAUUUAUAUGGGAUGAAUUUUGAAGCACACAUAUUAGAUUUUGUUUAUAUGCAUAUGAAAAAGAAUUUUAACCUUGGGCUGUAUGCCAUUUAUAUCUUUUUUUUUUAAAAAGAACUGGCCACAUUUUCAAGAAAGUUCUUAUUUAAAUGAGAACAUUAUUCAAAUCCUGUCUUAAUGUAAAAGAAAGGUGGAGAAGUUUUGGUAAUUUCAUAUUUAGAUUUAUUUUAUAUAUUUAUUUAUCUUUUAAGGUCAUUAGAAAACCUACAUCUAAAAUAAUUUCAGUAUUUUAUGUAAACUCAAGUAUAUUUUUUUGCAACAAACAAAUACACUAGAACUGAUAGAAUGGAAAAUACUGAUUUAAAACGGUUAAUGAGUAAUUACUUAAGUUUGAGAAAUCGGGGCCUGAUUUUAAGGUCUUAUAGUUUAUUAUUAAUGAAACACAUCAGAUUUCACCUUGUAGCAACUGAGUUUGAAGAUAAUAAUUUUAGCCGCAUCGCACAUUUUUUGGCCUUCGGACAUUAGUAUUACAAAUGAAAUAAUCAUUAAUAAAUAAUGCAAAAAAUAAUUAUAUUAUCUAUGUAUAUCCAUUUCUCCUGAACGCCUAUCUUUUAAAGCUGCACAUUCACAGAUUUACUAUUUUUACAACUUUUUAAUUUUUUGUCUUAGAAAGAGCAAAUUUUUGCGUUAAAUAUCUGCAAAUCAAUGAUAUAAGACUGCUGACAAAAGAUCAGAGUGCAGAUUUUCAUAUUUCUGAUUGAAAAUUAAUGUUUUUGGCUUAAACCGUUACCAACACUUUAAGACAAAUGCAUCUUAAAUAUGAAAAUCUGCGAUCUUAUUUUUUGUCAGCAGUCUUAUGUAACUGGUUUCCAUAGAUUUUUGCAAAAAAGAGGCUCGUUCAAAGACAAAAAAUUAAAAAGUUGUCCAAACAUUCAAUAUGUGAGAGUGCAGCCUUUUGGUGGUCAUUUUUUGGACGAUUUAUGUCUAUUAACUGAAUUGUAUCAAGUUAUCCAUGUUUCCAUAGCAGCCACAGAUUUCUUCCCGAUAUAUUUCGACUGAAUUCGUAGUAUGUGUUUAAAACAGCCCAAUGGAUAUAAAUACAAAAAUAAAUCAUUUUUUUCUUUAUUUAUGUUCUAUAAAUAUUCCUUGUUAGGAAAAUAACUUAAAUUAUAAGCAGGUUAUAAUAUUGAUAUGUUAAUACUGCACAUCAUUUCAAUUAUAUAGGAUGUGUUAAAUCAAAUUUAAUAUUCAAAAUGCACAAUGCAUGGUCUCACUUCUAAACACAUAUUUUAUACAAUAUAAAUUUUAUCAUCAUGAAAUUUUCAGUAUUACAUCCUGAAAUGUCAUUUCAAUACCCAAUAAAAUAAUAAAAGCAAUUGUAUGUUGGAGGGCCAAAAAUCAUGCAAAGCGGAUGUACUUACUGUAAGGUUGAAUAUGAUUUAUGUUUUACUGCAUUAUUGUUUUAUCUUUGUAUAUGUACUAUUAUGUCUAAUGUCAUAAAUACAUUUUAUAAGUUUUUUGUUCUUGUUCGAAAAAGAAGUUUAUAUAUUGUGAUAGCUUUUGUGCGGUUGUCGUUAAUUCCAUGGCCACAAGUCAAAAUCUGUUAAAUGAAACUUGGUACACAUAUUCCAGAGACAAUACACAUGUACAGUAAGGCCCAGUUCUCGAAUAGCUUUAAUAAUUGUCCAGCUAUGAUCCUUGUUUGACUGAGAGAGACACACACACAUUGGCUAGCUCAGUGGCUCUUGUUUUUAUGCAUAAAUAUACCUGAUACUUAUGUUGGAUAAAAAAAAGAAAUUAAAUAGGAAAAUGAUUAA